AUGGCCCGCCGUCCGGCCCGCUCUCUGGCCCGCUCUCCGGCCCGCUCUCCGGCCCGCUCUCCGGCCCGCUCUCCGGCCCGCUCUCCGGCCCGCUCUCCGGCCCGCUCUCCGGCCCGCUCUCCGGCCCGCUCUCCGGCCCGCUCUCCGGCCCGCUCUCCGGCCCGCUCUCCGGCCUGCAUGUUGGACACGUUGUCUCAAACCCUUAUUCACCCCCAGUGCACUCAGACACUGGGCAGAGUGGGUUCAGCGCCUUGCCCAAAGACACAACAGCUGGAAUCACACCUGAAAACCUGUGAACAGACAUGA